AUGGAGAAGUAAAAAAUAGGAGAAGAGGAAGAGGGGUAAUCCAGAGAAGGACUUUAUUCCGUUAUUUCUGGUAAGCUGGGCUCUCCCCACGAGAGAGAAACCGCCGUACUGCUUCCUUCCCUCCUAAUUAAUCUGAAAUUACUUUCCCCGUCCGACGACGUUGAUUGACCCGGUCAUCCAUUUACCACCGCGUCCCUCUCUUUCUCUCUCUAUCUUUAGCAGCUUAGCUAAUUUGCCCCCUUACCUUCCUAAGUUGGCCUUGCCUUCCUUCCUCACUGAACAUCUCGAUUCGAUUCUAAAAUCUCUCCGUUAGGUUUCCAUUUUCUGAUUUCUAUUUAUAGUUUCAUAUUUCUGUAUCGAAUCUCGAUCCCAAAAACCACCGCACCGGCAUACCCGAUUUAUUUAUUCUUUUUUUCCCCCAAUCUUGGCCCUAAUUUUCAUUCUUCUCCUCUUCUAUAAUUACCUAAUCACAUCUAAUUGUUGGCUAACAAUUGCUUAACCAAGGGGAUGCAGAGCCAGAUAGUGUGCAGUGGGUGUAGAAGCGUGUUGCUGUACCCGAGAGGUGCCACCAAUGUCUGCUGCGCUUUCUGCAAUGCCCUGACUCCCGUUCCCCCACCUCAACUCCCGCCUCCCGGAAUGGAUAUGGCUCAACUUAUAUGUGGAGGUUGCCGUACAUUGUUGAUGUACACACGUGGUGCCACGAGUGUGAGAUGCUCCUGUUGCCAUACUGUGAAUCUUGCACCUGUGUCUAAUGUUGCUCAUGUCAACUGUGGAAACUGCCGCACUACACUUAUGUAUCCAUAUGGUGCGCCGUCAGUUAAAUGUGCUGUUUGCCACUAUAUUACUAACGUGAAUGUAAGUAUACCGGAGUCUCUGUUUAUUUUUUAAAUUUGUCAUUCUUUUUUUUUAAUGCCAAAUUUGCUGAUUUUGAGAAAGGCUAGGGUUCUUGGAAUUCAGUUACCUGUGGUUAAGGGAGUUAGUCCUUGUCUUUGGGCUUUAUCUUCUGUUGUUCCUAUAGAAUGUUUUGGAGACGACAUGUUUUUGUCCUCACUUUUCAUUUGUUCCUUUCAAGGUUUACACAUUGACUAGAUUUUGUGUGCUCCUGUUGGGCAGAGUAAUUUGCUUGUAGUAUUAUAUUGUUCGCCCAUGCUUAGUAAGUUCAAAGAAGUCCUGUAUAACCUUUUCGGGGCUUCCUAAGCUUUAAAAGCAGGUUUUUAACACUGCUAAAUGAAUGCCAUAUUGGUCGGGUAGAUGCAACAAGGAUGGUUUGAUUGAUUCCAUUUUAUGGUUAAAUGGGAAAAGAGAAAAGUAGGAUUAGAUUUUGAGAUAAUUAGCUCUAAUGAGAUGGUUUGGAAUCCAGACAGAGACUGCUAAUUCAGCAGUUUAGUACAUUCUGGAAUUAUUCGUUGAUGUGUUAGUUGCAAUGGAUAAAAACAAUUCA